CCAUAGACAGUUUAAGAAGGCGGGGGGAAAGUUGUAAGUGAAGAUAUUGAGAUCUGGAUUCAUAGAAGGGAGUAGGUGUAGAUAGGAGAGCAACAUAUUCAACACCCCCAUUGAUGGACAGGCAGAAAGUUAAAACAAAAUAACACAGUGAACUCACUCAGGAAACCACUAGGACACAACACACUAUGGAGUAACAUCUGCAGCUUUGAGUUUUCUUGUGAGGUGCAUGAUGGAAUUUGAACAUUGCCACAAGACAUUUUAUGUUUUGGAAUAGCUAAUCGUAUUUGUCCUCUGCUGACCAUUUGAACUCAUUUUUUGGCAUCCUUUUGAGGCAGUUCACCCAAAAAAUAUAAUACCAUGGAUUACAAGGAAAGCUGCCCCAGUGUAAGCAUUCCCAGCUCUGAUGAACACAGAGAGAAAAAGAAGAGGUUUACUGUUUAUAAAGUUCUGGUCUCAGUGGGCAGAAGUGAGUGGUUUGUCUUCAGGAGAUAUGCAGAGUUUGACAAGCUUUACAAUACUCUGAAAAAACAGUUUCCUGCUAUGGCUCUUAAGAUUCCAGCCAAGAGAAUAUUUGGUGAUAAUUUUGAUCCAGAUUUUAUUAAACAAAGAAGAGCAGGACUGAAUGAGUUCAUUCAGAAUUUAGUUAGACAUCCAGAGCUUUAUAACCAUCCAGAUGUCAGAGCAUUCCUUCAAAUGGACAGUCCAAAACAUCAGUCAGAUCCAUCUGAAGAUGAGGAUGAAAGAAAUACUCAGAAGUUACACUCUACCUCACAGAACAUCAACCUGGGACCAUCUGGAAAUCCUCAUGCUAAACCAACAGACUUUGAUUUCUUAAAAGUUAUUGGGAAAGGCAGCUUUGGCAAGGUUCUUCUUGCAAAACGGAAACUGGAUGGAAAAUUUUAUGCUGUUAAAGUGUUACAGAAAAAAAUAGUUCUCAACAGAAAAGAGCAAAAACAUAUUAUGGCUGAACGUAAUGUGCUCUUGAAAAAUGUGAAACAUCCAUUUUUGGUUGGAUUACAUUAUUCUUUCCAAACAACUGAAAAACUUUAUUUUGUUCUGGAUUUUGUUAAUGGAGGGGAGCUAUUUUUUCACCUACAAAGAGAACGGUCCUUUCCUGAACACAGAGCUAGAUUUUAUGCUGCUGAAAUUGCCAGUGCAUUGGGUUACUUGCACUCCAUCAAAAUAGUAUAUAGAGACUUGAAACCAGAAAAUAUUCUUUUGGAUUCAGUAGGACAUGUUGUCUUAACAGAUUUUGGGCUUUGUAAAGAAGGAAUUGCUAUUUCUGAUACCACAACAACAUUUUGUGGGACACCAGAGUACCUUGCACCUGAAGUAAUCAAAAAACAGCCCUAUGACAACACUGUGGAUUGGUGGUGCCUUGGUGCUGUUCUAUAUGAAAUGCUUUAUGGACUGCCUCCUUUUUAUUGCCGAGAUGUUGCUGAAAUGUAUGACAAUAUUCUGCACAAGCCCUUAAGUUUGAGACCCGGAGUGAGCCUUACAGCAUGGUCCAUUCUGGAAGAACUCCUAGAAAAAGACAGGCAGAAUCGACUUGGUGCCAAAGAAGACUUUCUUGAAAUUCAGAAUCAUCCUUUUUUUGAAUCACUCAGCUGGACUGAUCUUGUACAAAAGAAAAUUCCACCACCAUUUAAUCCUAAUGUGGCAGGACCAGAUGAUAUCAGGAACUUUGAUGCAGCAUUUACAGACGAAACAGUUCCAUAUUCUGUGUGUGUGUCUUCUGACUAUUCUAUAGUGAACGCCAGUGUGCUGGAGGCAGAUGACGCAUUCCUUGGUUUCUCUUACGCGCCUCCUUCAGAAGACUUAUUUUUGUGAACAGUUUACCAUCCAGAACUCACUGAGCAAAUAUAAAUCCAUGGAUGAGACUGAAACUCCUGUUUGUGUGAAUAUAUUCAGAUAUGUUUAACUAGUGCCUCAUUUUUACAUGUAAUGUUGAAGACUAUGAAAAAUGUAUUUUCUGCUGUAUGCAAGAAAAUAGGGCAUUUCAAGAGCUAAGUUUUGAAUUAAAAUUUGUAUUCUUGUUUA